GCGGCCUCGUUCCCGAUUUUGUUUUUUCGUUCUUCACAUCACUCCACAUGAAGAUGGUCAAUACAUGAUCCAUCACCUUCCCCUCCACCGCUUGAUCUGUGAUAUUCAAAUAGACACUCGGUUCCUGUCCAGGGUGACUUAGGAGGCGAAGAAUGGUCUCCAGUACUGGCAGCCUCGUCUUCUUUCUUUGUCUCUCUUUCUACUCAACAACCGCUGCUGGUUCAGCAUCACCUGUCUUGGAGCGAGACACCACUACCACCACCACCACCUUCACCCUCGACGAACCACUGCUCGCCGUCCAAAUCGGCGGGAUCAUCGCCGCAUAUCUCUUCAGCGUCAUCUUCCUUCUGAGCCUCCUCCUUGUCGUCGGACGCCGUCUACGUCGCGCCGUCCUCUCCUCCAACUACUCCCUCCAAGUCCAGAUGAUGCAGCCCAUGAAACCACCCCCAAGCAUGGACCCCAGCCCCGUCACCCCGAUCAGUGUCCACCUCCCGAGUCCCGGGGGAAUCGGCCAUGGCCCAAUCCCUCCGAUGCCCGGGUAUACCACCAACAGUGGCACCCGUCACGGCAACAACCGCUCCUGGAGCAGCUUCAGCAAACACAGCGGCUCGCACAAGAAGUCACAAUCCCAGCUCUCCAACCCGAGCAGCAGCAUCAGCCUGGCGACCAUCGACGACGGCGUCGUCGCCUCCGACCGCCGCAAAGCCCAGGAGGACCUGGAGAUGCUGUAUGCGGCCGUGAUGGAGCAUGACGAGAUCAAGGCAGCCAACGGCGGCGGCGGCGGCAGCCCGCAAGACCGCAACGUCUCGCCCACGGGUACAGUGAACAGCAACCCAUUCAUCGACCCGCCGGUGGCGCCCGUGCAGGCGCCAACAUCGCCUCGCACACCUUCCCGGCUAUCGCGGAUUUCAUCAUCAUUGUCGCUGUUUUCAAGCAGCGGCGACCAGUCGUCCACCUCGCUCGCCAAUCCCGGGGCUGCAGCUAUUUCCUCUCCCAAGGGACCCAACGGAAGCGGACGGGGCCUGGGCCUCCGCUCGCCGCGUCUGGCGCUGCCUUUGCGAAAGAUGUCCAUCUCCUCGCCGAUCACUUCACCCCGGAAUCAUGCUGCGCGAGAGAACGAGGAGGAGGACGAUCCGUACGCGCAUUCGCCGUUGACGCCGAGGAUCUAUCACCCGGCGCCGCCGCCAGUUCCGCCAUUGCCGGCGCAGAUGCAGCCGCAGGGGAGAAAUAUCGGGGGUGGUGGUGGUGCACAAAGACCCGGCGCACAGAGACAAUUCACCCACCCACCACCGCAGCAGGAGCAGCAGUAUCACCAAUACCAGUAUCAGCCCCAAGACCCAUACCACACAGACGACCUCCCGCAAUCCCAGACCGGUCUUCCGCCGCUCCCCACCCCACGAGGAAUCCUCUCCUCCACCACCCCCGAAUCCCUCGACGCAACGAACCCCCGCAGACCAGUCCGCAACGCUCCUCCCCCACUCACACUGAGCAAACCCCUUCCCCCAACAGCCGCAGGGGCAGGCGGCCCCGACGGACCCGGUCGCAGCCUGCCCCUCCGCGACGCCUACCCGCUGCAGAGUGCGCCGGCCACCAAGCUGACCGUCCUGGAGCGGCCGGUCAAACCCCACGGGGCCCCACGCACGGGCAUCCCCACCCCGUACAGCCCCUACAUGCCGUUCACGCCUGUGACGCCGCUGACGCCGAGUCGAAUGGUCACGAAGCGGCAGCGGCGGAAGGAGGGAAAGGAGACCGGGUUGCAUGUGUUGAGGGAGGAUGAUAUGGUCAAGGGGGGUGGGGAUUUGUGGGGGUAUUAG